GAAAAAUGAUCUCUGCUGUUGAAAAGCCUCAAAUAGUGCAAUGCCUUGGACAAGUUGCAGAAACAUUCCACUGCCACACAGACUCCUCUGUUCUGAUCAGCUUCAAUGCUGUGAGAACAAGGAGGAUUCAAGAAGAGGAUCACAAAACAACAGAUUUCCUCAAAAGACAUGGAGGCUGUGGGACAGAUGCCCUGGGGGAGAUUUGUCACCACCUACAGUAGUGACUAUAACCCGCUUCGUUCACACCAUCUACAGGUGAACCAGCAGAGGCCUAUAGCAGAUGUCAGAACUUCCCCUCCUACUUUCCUCCCACCUCAGACUGGUAGUGAAAUCUGUCCAACAUUUUACACAACAACUAACAGCGUCUAUGGCUCGUUCUCCCAUUUACAGUCUCCCUCAUAUUCCCUCUCCCCUGUAUCCUUUCCCCAAUUUGGCCUUCUUGCUCCUCCUACAUCUGAGGCAUCUGCGGCUUUGACAGGAGCCAGGAUCCAGGAACCUGGAGUUGCCGGAGAAAAUUGUUCUGUUCUUGGUGAAGUGGAGAAAGGUCAGCCAUCAAUAGUGCUAAAGAAUCAAGGGGCAAAAGAUGAUCAGCAGCAGAAGACAGAUGAUCCCUAUGAGGAAGGUGUGAUAGUGUUACCAUCUUUUGUGUGUCCUGCCUGCUGUGAAGAUCGUAUAAGAUCUGUCUGCAGAGAGGCCAGGCUACACCCACUCAUACUUCCUGUGGCCUCUGAACCAAUGGUCAGACUCAUAGAUGCAGAGUAUUGGGAUGCGAGUAUCGACUUGAAGGGCUUAGUAGCCAGUGGACUAAAAAACUGCUCCUACCUCCAGCCUUAUCCCAGGCAAUGCAGCUGCUGUGUUUGCACAAAGCGGUUCCCUUGCAACUAUUCCUUUCAGAUGCAAACUUCCUCUUCUUGCUGCACUCAUCUGGCCUCAAAUGUCAACUGUAGAGAGCGCACCAGGGGGCCACUGACAGAAUACCAAGCCAGCUACACCUGUAAGUGGGCCCAGACUCAGAUCCAGCAGAGUGGCUUUCAUCAUCUCUAUCUGCCUAACCAACAGAGUAUUUUCUAUGUACUCUAAAACCCAGC